UCAUUGCGUUCAGAAAUGGCGAGCGAAUGUUCUGAAAAUGUCUCAGACGCCAGUUUAAAAAUUAAAAAACCUAACUGGACCGAGUUGGAAAAGAAAAUUUUGGUGGAAGAAGUGCAUUUAAGGGAGGGUUUAUUGUUUGGGAAAUUUAAGGGUGCUGGGGGUGGGAAGAUAGCGAAGGACGUUGCCUGGAGAGAGGUUGCACAGGCAGUGAACGGGAGCAGUGGUUCGGGAAUACUGAGGACAAGCGGGGAGGCUGCCAAGCAGUACAGUAACUUGAAGCAGAGGGCCAAAGGAAAGUUAUCAGAAGCAAAACGCCCAAAGACAGGAGGGGGUCCCAAGCCACCAAGCCCCACACCAGUUGAGCUUUCCAUUUUGGAACAACUGGAAGGAAGGCCUUCCCUUGAAGGAAUAUGUGGAGGAAUAGAUACAGCGGAUCCAGUGGAAACUCAGCCUUCCACCUCUUCUUCAGCAUCUUCAGAUGUGCCUGCAAAGAAGAAGGAUGUACAAGAUUCUGGUAAGAAAAAGAGGAAGCUUACCAUCCUGGAGCUAGAGGAAAGGAACAUAUCAUUAGAGAAUGAUAAGCUUCAGGAAGAAAUAGAGAAGCUGAAAGACGAGAGACAGCUCAUUGUGGCCAAGAAAUCAUAUUAUGACCUAAAAUUCCAAAUUUUAUGUAAUAAUAAUCCUGAGGUAGUAGCUCAAAUGUUGAAGAGCAAUGAAUGUUGAAAGUUUUUACAUAGAAAUUUACGAUAGUUAAGAGCUGAUAUAUCAGCACAUUUCUGGUGCCAUAUAAUGACAUUUUUACUCCUAAUUAAUCAUAUAUCCACUUCAUUUUUGAAGAGUUUUUCCUAAUGAACCGAAAAUAUAACUUUGAGCUUUUCUGGUAAAAAAUUUGUCUAUUGUGGUUGUUGCCAUUGUUCAUGUUGUAAUCUUUUCACAAUUUCAUCUUCAGAACUAAAGGUAAAUUUUAACUAAACUAUGAACAAAGCAUUUUAAUAUGAAGGUAAUUGCAGUUUCUUAACAUAGAAAGUUAUACAUGUCCUCUUUCAGAGGGAGUUAAUAAAGAAUUAUUGGUUUUUCAGCUCAUUGAGACAAAGUGUCGGGGGGGGGGGGGUGAGCUUAUGCCCUUUAACUUUACUAAACUUGCAUGGAUGGUGCGCAUUAUGAUACUGAUGCACCCGACAGGCUUGAGUGCUAAAUCUGAGCUAUAGGUUUCGGAUGCUGGAGGAGGAUAAGUUUUAGUUUUUUGGAACAGGUCAAAUGUUUUAUAGAUAAUAGCUUUUUUAGCUCACCUAAGCUGAAAGCUCAAGUGAGCUUUUCUGUUCACAUUUUGUCUGUCGUCCGUCUGUUCGUAAACUUUUCACAUUUUCAACAUCUUCUCAAGAACUACUGGGCCAAUUUCAAUCAAACUUGGCACAAAUCAUCCUUAGGCAAAGGGGAUUCAAAGUUGUGAAAAUCUUUAAAAAUCUUCUUCUCAGAAACUAAUCAGCCAGAUCAUUCUUUAUAAUUGUUAAGACAUUGGCUCCAGGACAAUUAUUCGGCCUCACAAGAAGGUUCAGAGAUUGAUGUAGUUUUAUAUCCAAUAUAUAAAUAAUUGUUAAGGAUCUUUUUGAUAACUGCAAUACUCAACAUGUGAUAUGACUAUAAAAUCAUCCUGUUAGAAAAGGGACUAAUGAUUAUAAAUAUAAGAAUUUCCAGGGGGGGGGAUGGAUUUUAUUUAUACAGGACCUACAUGUAUUAUUGUACAUUGUCCAGAUAGUUUGUAUUAUGACUCCAUUAAGCUGAUUAUAUCAUACCUAUUGUUCCUCAGGUGAGCGAUGGCCCAUGGGCCUCUUGUAUAGUGUUUAUAACUAUAAUAUAAACAAAUCGCAGAGGUAGUUUCAGAUGCAGAGCCUGAUCUCUAAUGUUAAAAGUAAAUAUUUUGAUGUAUUUUGUGAUAUGAUAUUGUAUCGUAUAAUACUAUAUUGUAUCAUAUUCGCGGUUUAUAAAGCGUAAACUGCCCCAAGUUAUGUUAUAUUGUAAAAAUCAAAGGAUGCAAUAAUGUAUUUUAUAUUAUUGUAUUGAUAAACAUUGUAUCUUAUAAUACUGUAUGAAAUGAACAUAUGAUUAUCAUACCAGCUUUUAACAUAUGAUAUACGAUAUUGUGUCAAAACAGUAUCCAAGAAGGAAAACUAUGAUUUUCAUAUACAGUACCGAUCAGACCCAACCUAACACCAGAGUAAACCCCAACUAAACCCUGGGUUUACUUUUUGGGUUUGCUUGGGGUUUACUCUAGGUUUACUUUUUGAAAAUUUGGGUCCACUCGGGGUUUACUUUGGGUUUACUCUGGGUUUAGCUUGGAAUUACUUUGAAAUUGCUUUUGAGGUCAAAUGUAUGCACUGAAGUGUGAAGCAGACUAGUAUUUUAUCUUACCAUCCUACUGCCUGUAAUUCCUACCCUUUGUAUAUUUUGAAUACACAGUUAGCGUCUGCUUUCAGGGGUAUACUUCUGACUGUGUUUACUCUCUGUGUCCACUCUGGGUUUACUCUGGGUCCACUCUAGUAAACCCGAAGUAAACCCAGAGGAAACCCAGAAAGUAAACCCAGGGUUUAGUUGGGGUUUACUUUCUGUUAGGUUGGGUCUGAUCGGUACUGUAAUAUGCAUAAGGUGGUGUCAUUAAGGUGAUGAAUUUUUUUAUAGAAUAGAAGACAAAAUGUUAUAAUAUCUUCUUCUGAUAUAUAAAAAAAUGAAAGGGGCUUAAUGUUUAACAUAGAAAUUUGUGAAGAAAUAUUUAAUCGUCUUUGUAAACAAGACCUAAACAUGUAUUAUACGUUGAGUAUUUUGUAUUUGAUCCCAUAAAGCAUAAUUAAAGUAAUAGCUAUUUAUGUUGCACAGGUGAGCAAUGUGGCCCAUGGGCCUCUUAUUAAUAUUUACUAUUUAGAAUAUAUUAUGCCACUCUAAGCUUUGGAUGAUAAGCUUCCUCUUUGAAAAUAAGUCAUUUUUGUUCUUAAUGAUGUGUGCAUUUUAAGUCACUGUCCACUGAAGAAUGUUAAAUAUGAUAUGAUUGUGAUACAUUGCACUUUUAGCAAUACGAGUAUUCAAGUUUAUGCCAGUAUGAUUUAUUCACUGUAGUUUGUAAUACCAGUAAGAAUUAUAUGAAAGUUGUAAUGAAAGAAUAAUUGUUUCAUCUUUUAUAUAUAUUUGACAAUGAUAUUAUUUUAACAAGUUGAGAUGAUGCGUUGUAUUGCUUGUUUAUUGUUUAAGUAGUUUACAUGUACAUGUAUUUGAUUGAAUGGCAGAUAUAUGUGACUACAUGUAUAUACGUAAGUUGCUUUAUGUGAUUGUUUUCAACUCUAUUAAAUGUUAUCAUCAAUGAUUAUUUUAGCACCAAUUGUUGUAUUUAUUUGUAGUCAGUGAAAUAUCCUGACAUUCAUUAAUUCAUUAUUAUUAUAAUUAAUCAUUAAUCAAUUCACCAUGUUAGUAAUAUGUAUAAGGUACCGUUACAUAAAGUAGUAAAUUGUAAACUGUAAUUUUAUAAUUAAAAUUCAAAGAUGUUGACUUUGCAUAGAACGUACUCAUAAGAAGUAUGUAUCUCUCACGUGGUCCCUCACGGUGCGUCCUACAGCGUCUUCUGGAACCCUAACGUGGACGUCCACGGCCACAUCAACUGCAUUCGUCAAGUCUGAGUCUCUCAUAAUGUCCCUCCGUUGAAUACCUAUAUUGUGGAGAAUAGCACAUGCUGUCACUAUUCUGCACGCUCUUUCUGGCUUGGUCCGAAGGCCACAGUG